AAGGGCAGGGGCGGAAGCAGGAGAGGGGAGCGGGCUCGAAGCCUGAUCAAAGGUGGAGCCAGGAAAGGGGUCGGGAAGAAAGGCCAGAACAGAGCGGUUUCCCAGAAAGCAGCUCCAGCGAGCAGACUUGCAAGUGGGUAUUGACCCCCACGUUCUCCAGGUCCUAGCGGCGUGAUGUGCUGGCUAGUCAUGUCCCCUGUCAGCCCUGUGUGGUGGAGAAAACCAAGUCUAUGGGCGUUCUGGGUACUGCUGCUAGUGCUACUGUUGUCGUGGAAGCCGUGGGCGGUGUGUCAUUUACAACAGUGUCGCUGGCUUGUUGUCCUGAGCAAGUUCGAGAAAGUAGGCUCGCUCCCCUCUAAGGAUCGAUUUCUGGAACAAGAACCCACGGACACAGUGGCUGAGGUGUUCGAAAAGUUGGUAGACUCGCCAGUCGACCCGCGGGAGAAAUAUAUGGGUUUUCCUUACUACCUGAAAGUCAACUUCUCCUGUAUGGGAAAGAAUGACGAGGAGCUGGUCCGAAAGGGUCACCUGAUGGGGAUGAGACCCGUGGUCCUGAUCAGCUACAAGUACCCAGUCAAUUUCUAUCGCUGGAAGAUUGAAAAUCUGCAGAUUCAGAUGGAGGCUGCUCCAUUGCGCACUGCAGGGUACUGCAUAGCAGAGAUCCUGUGCGCCUUGAAUUGGUAUGCACCAAUGCCCACCAAAAAUGGCAGCGUAGUCAUGAGUGUGGACAUCAGCAGCAAUGGCUUGGGGCCCUACAUCCCUCCCCAAAGGUUCUAUAUGAAUAUGAAUGGCUUCUUGAAGAAAGAUGCAAGUGGCAAAUCCAUCUUCACCAUGGGAUAUGAGACGUUUCUUCUGAAGAGUGCACACUUUAAGAGUUCCAAAUCGAGACCCUUGUGGUACACUGUAAACCAUUCACCUGUGUUCAUCCUCGGUGGUAUUGAAGAUGAAAAGACCAUCUUGCUUUCAGACACUAGUUUCCAGGACUACUCUCUGGUGGAGCUAAGCAUUGACAGUUGCUGGGUUGGCUCCUACUACUGCCCCAUGCUUGAGUUCUCAGCCACCAUUCAUGAUGCCAUUUCCACCGAGAGCACGCUUUUCAUCCGACAGAACCAGCUUGUCUACUAUUUCACAGGCAGAUACUCUACGCUCUUCGAUGACAGCCACAGCAGCAGUAACUGGGUUCGUGUCCUGGCCAGUGAGUGCAUCAAGAAACUGUGUCCAGUGUUCAUUCACGGCAAUGGCUCUGAGUACAUCCUAGCCCUUACCACUGGCAAGCAUGAAGGUUACGUCCACAUGGGGACCAUCACAGAUGGUCUCGUGUCCUUCCAGAUGGUGCCGACUAACUGGUCAAUAUGUGAUAAGUUAUCGGGUAUGAACUGCUCCAUCAACUGGGCUACAUACAUCGCAGAUGAGAAGAACCUGCUAUUGUUGGUGCAGAUCCUCUCCUUACAAUCCACGCUGGUCUAUUACCUAAUCAGCUUUAAUUUAGAGACCCAGAAGAUGACUAUCCUCUACAUAAUGCCAGUGUUUAUCCCAGAAGCUCAGGGUUUGGACUUCCUGGUGCUAGACGGGACAGAGUCCUAUACCACCACUGCCAUGACACCCAAAGGGUUGUUCUUCAACACAUUCAACAAUAUGCUGUACAUCUGGGGUAACUUCAUCCUGCAAAGCUACAACAGGGUUCACUACAUUUUCCUGGCGGACUUUCCAAAGGAUUCCACCAUCAAAUACAUGGUCAACUCUUACCAAGGAGACAUGGCUUUUGUCACAGAAAAAGAUGAGAUCUGGUACUUUCUGGAAGGUGGCUAUGAUGUAUACCAGAUUGUCCCGUCCAAAGGCUGGAGCAUCUACUUUAACCUGCAGAAGAUGCAUCAGUCAUCCCUCUUUGCGGACCAAGAGUUCUUGGUCACCCUCUUCUAUGAAGACGGGCAGCUCUACCAGCUGAUAUACCUUCUGGAGACCGGGAAUGAACGUUUGGUCAAGAGGGUCUUGCCCGUGGCCCAGUUGCUGCUUUAUGACCAGAACAACCCCAUCACACUGGAGAAGCAUGGGAACUACAGGAUGCCCUACUUCACCAACUUCUGCCCUUUCAAGGUGAUGCGUCUCCGUGACCUGCCCAAAAAACAGCAUUUUGCACGCCAGGAGCUCUACCAUGCUCCACCACCUCUGGUCUCCGAAUCUCUGGGUUUCCACAAUAAUAAGACACUUGCUGUCUAUCAAGGCCUUGUUUAUUAUCUGCUGUGGCUACACUCCAAGUAUGACAAGCCCUACGCGGACCCCGUGCAUGACCCCACCUGGCGCUGGUGGGAACAAAAAACACAGUACAAGGAUUACUACUUCUACCUAUCCAGCAACUGGCUGGCGGCGGAAGGCGUGUACAUCGACAUGGGCAGCUACCAAAAGCUCUACAACAUCUCCAACGACCAGGGGCUGCCCGAGAUUGUCUUCCUGGACAAGGGCAACACGUUUAGCUUCACCAUCUUCCUGUCGUCGCAGGAUGACACCUUCAAGCUCAGCUCCAACCCCGUCUCGGGCGACCAGGUGGAGAAGAAGUUGGCAGUGGCUGUGGUAGUGGCGGAUCCCGACUGCCUUAAGGCAUCCGUGAUUCAGGAGGUUCUUCUUAAUCGUAAAGCAGUGCUCUACAGGAUUACAAUCAAGGACAGAAAGGUCUGCUAUGAUCAGGGUCUCAGCGGACAUAACCUCAAGAAGACGUCCAUGAUGGUCAAAGUGCUGGGAUCUUCCGGAAAAUGCUUCCAGACCACAUACCGUGGGACAACCACACAAGGUCACUUGAUGGUGCCAGUGUUAAUCGGCUGUCCCCCUGGCAAGCGCCUGGCCUUCGAUGUCACCUACACGAUUUUGCACUCCCGGGAGCUAAACAAACACUAUUUCGACUGUGUGCAGCCGAACCCUGAGAUGCCGUGCUUUCUUUUUCGUGACUUGUUUCAGCCCUUCUUCUUAGUCCAAGACAUGGUGACAGGAGACUCUGGCAGUUUCCUAGGCAGUUACUUGCUGAAGGUGGUGGGCGGCGGUCCAACAAUGGACACCAUCAGAGAUUACACGGAAGAAGAAAUCUACCGUUACAAUAGCCCACUGGACAAGACCAACAGCCUCAUCUGGAAAACGAAGGCUGAAAGGACUACUCACGACAAGAAGUUCUACAUAAUGUCCUACCAGAGCCCGGGAAUUGAGUGGCUGUGUUUAGAGAACUCCCCAUGCCACGAUAUCACGCCCCGGAACAUCUUCGCACCCGAAUUCUUCCUCAAGUUGUUGGUGAGCAAUAGAGGAGUAGACACUAGCACGUACUGUGACUACCAGCUCAUCUUUAUACUGCACAUGCAUGGGCUACCGCUCAGCGCCAAGCGGUCACUCUUCAUUGUCAUUGUAUCCAUCAGCCUGUUUGUGGGCCUGGUGGUCUUCUACAUCCUGUUCUGCCUCCUGUGGCCCCACAUAGUGAAGGCCUGGGUCUCAUUACGCUGGAAGAUUAACAACAUCAUGGCAUCAGAGUCCUACUACACAUACGCCACCUCCAACGCCUUCAGCUUCCAGUCUCAUACAGGCUCAGAGGAAAGUGUCAAGGGCCCCUCCAAAUCGGGUUCCAAGGACGACAAUGCAGCAAGGAAGCAAGUGGUAGCCUGAGUCCCCAGGCUGCACCCUUCCCUAGACACCUGCCCCCCUGUCCCCCAGUGGGAAUGUAACCUGCCACCUAUCCAGGAUUUUCUGGUUUGCUAGAGUGUUCAUGCCUCCUUCAGACCCAAAUAAAGCCUCAUUUCAGAAUCAA